AUGGCGUCGUCGUACCUCUCGACCAAAAAUUACCGCGAGCAAGGCAAGCUCGUGUCCCUCGCCGAUCGGCUCGUCAACGGCGGCAAGGACAUGUUGCUCAGCAAGAGUUGGACCCCGCUCGUCGUCAUCGCUAGGACCGCGAUCAUCAGCAUGAUGGAACAUAUUGAUAGGGGUUAGUUGGUUCGACUUUGAAAAGCUGGGGUCGAGUCGUUGCGAGCCUUGCCUGUUAUAGCACCCGCACCUGCCCGCGCCUGCCCGCGCCUGCCCCCACUUCGGGGUCGUUGCCGAACGUAAUUGACCGAGAAGGCUCAGGAGCGCCAAAAAUGACCUCCUCUCCGUCGGCCCGGCAGCCAAUUGGGCACUGUCGACCAAAGCGGAAGACGGAACCGAAUCGUACUGACCCCCUUGCAUCCAUUAACUACCCCCACCAGGUCAACUGCGAGUCAUCACCAAGGAAGACGGCAUCUUCACCUUCGGCAGGCCCGCGAUCUUCAACGAAGAGCACCCGAACCCAAACAAGCAGCAGGAACCCAACCCGGCAAGGGACGAGAUUCGAGCCGAGAUCAAGGUGCUCAACGAUGCAUUCUGGGUCAGGAUGUUGCUCUUGGCCGAUUUGGGCUUCUCCGAGGCUUACAUGAACGGCGAUAUCGAGGUUGAUGAUUUGGACGCUCUGUUCAAGGUUGGUAGUAACCCACACCUCAGUCACUUCUGCUUCUCAAUCGCUAACUGUAACUUGACUGAAAACCCACAGCUCUUUAUCAUCAACCGAUCGAGCUUGAAUGAGCUCUCGACUGGCUUUGCGGGCAAGAUCUUCUCAACCUUCAACGCGAUCGUCAAUUCUCGUUUCGCCAACUCUCUUAGCAAUGCCAUCUCCAACAUCUCUGCUCACUACGAUGUCAGUAUCACAUUCAGAGUGCCUCCCAGUUCGGACCUAUCUGCUAAAAUCGGACCUCGCUCUUCUUUUGUCAGAUAUCGAAUCGUAUGUUUGAAUCCUUCUUGUCCGCCGACAUGACCUACUCCUGCGCCAUUUGGGGUCCCAAGGAAGGCGGUGUCGAAGGUGAUUUAAUACACGUCGGUGACCGCGAAUUCCCACCCCGGGACGACGUCGACGAGCUUGAGGUGGCCCAGAUGCGCAAGCUGCGAACGGUCAUCGCACGUGCGAGGAUCAGCAAGGGUGAUCGAGUCUUGGAGAUUGGAAGUGGAUGGGGAAGCUUUGCCAUCGAGGUAAGCACGAGAGCGUUCAUCCCAUCGAGGAAUCCGCGCUGAACCAAUUUGCACCUUCUUCACAGGCCGUCAGGACGACCGGAUGCACCGUUGACACGUUGACGUUGUCAAUCGAGCAAAAGCAGCUCGCAGAAGCCAGGAUUGCUCGAGCAGGCCUCUCCAAGAUGAUUACCGUUCAUUUGCUCGACUACCGUGCCCUCCCAGAAUCAUUCGAGUGAGUUAAGCAGGCCUUUGAGAUCUUACUGAUCGGCAGCGAUCACUGACGUGGCUCACUACCCUGACUUUCAGCAACGCCUUCGACCGAGUCGUCUCGAUCGAGAUGAUCGAAGCCGUGGGCCGCGAGUUCUUGCCGACCUACUUCGAAGUCGUCAAUCGAGUACUGAGGGAAGAUCGGGGAUUGGCCGUCGUGCAAGUCAUCACGAUGCCCGAGGCCCGCUUCGAGGACUACGGAAAGUCAGUGAAGGACUCGGACUUGGUACACUCGUCACCUGCUUCAUGUUGAUCAACGCCUUUGGUUCCAAUCUUCUUGAACAGGUCUGUUGAUUUCAUCCAGAAGCAUAUCUUCCCCGGUGGCUUCUUGCCGUCCCUGACGUGUCUCGUCGACUCGUUGCUACAAGGCACAAAGGGCAAGCUCGUCGUCGAGCAGAUCGAGAACAUUGGACCUCGUAAGUCGUGGGCCCCCUCCUGCUAGUCGUGUUCGACUUGCUCUGACGCAUUUUUUUUCCGAUGAUUAGACUACGCACGUACGCUUCGCGAAUGGCGAAGACGAUUCGAGGCGACCUUUGAGGACGAGAUGGUGCCCGCCUUGCACGAGGCCUACCCCGAGCUCAAGAGUCGCAAGGGCAUCGACACGUUCAAGCGAAAAUGGAUCUGUGAGUCGUGGUCGUUGCUGCACCGCCUCCUAGCGGGUGAAAGAAACCGGUGGGUGACACGAGAUGCUGACCGGUGAGAUCUUCCGAUGCGUGUUGCGUCAGACUACUUUGUGUACUGCGAGACCGGCUUCUCUAUGCGCGCUCUUGGCGAUCACAUCCUCACCUUCACUCGCGAGGUCAGUUUGUUCGCCCAUUCGGCUACGAGUUUCUCGCCACCCAUCUGA